UAGUGCGCAAUCGGUUAACACAUACACUAGGCUAAUUGAUCUACUGCGAUUUCCGUCAGUUGUUCGACGUGCCUGAAAAAGUCGCUGCGACGCUAAUGAAGUGCUACGACCAAUUAUUGUAAACUGCGAUUAUUUUUCGACAAUCGUAUAAAAAACGGUCGUGAUUACGCACGUUCGCGUGUUUAUGUUGUUUGCUUUCGAUUGUACGCCGUUUAAACGUGUGUUGCGUUAUGUUUUAUUGUAAACUCGUGUCACAACAAUGAUGUUUGCCUGCCGACACACACAGGGAACUUUUAUCAUCGGUCAACGCGACCUAACCGUUGAUAAGAGAGAAAAAAUCGCUUGUAUUUCGAAAUUUACAGAAAAAAAAAAAACCGACCAUUUCUUUUGAUUUCCAUCUUGUCGGGGCGUUUUCUUCACAGUGCGACAACAUAUACACGUACACGUAAGGGCUCUGACUAUUUAGUGUCAGAAUAUAAUCGACAAUUAAUGGUAUACGCGAUUGUAAAUGUUAAUGUUUGACUCCGGUAGUUGCUAUUUGGAUGUACUCGGAAGAGACAAUACUGUUGUGUUAACUUGUACAAGCACCACAUUUAUGUGCGCUAAUCUGUCUUCGUUAUGGAAUGCUUACAGUCACAUUCUCGUGUAAAUUUGGCAUUUGUAGAACACUGACUAUUGUAUUUGAACUGAUACGAAACAUUGGUGUUUUGAUUUUUUGUAACUACGGAAUCCAAAACCGUGUUCCCGAAAUCUUAAACGCACAAUGAUUUUUAAUAGCUAACGAUGUAAAGUUUAACAAUGGAAGAGUGAAGAAUCAGGAAACCAUCGAUCUAAAAAUUAAAGGUGGAACUAUAGAUCGACUUGAUAAAAAAUUAGAAGGCAUUGAAAAUGGUGCAUUCCAAAGUAAAGAAGUGGCAGAUUUUGAAAAUGCAAUUGAACUUACAGGAUAUGGAAAAUUUCAUUAUUUACUUUUGGUUGUGUGUGGCUUUGUUAGUACCAGUGAGGAAAUGGAUGUUAUUUGUAUGUCAUUUAUAUUACCAUCUGCUCAGUGUGACUUGAAGUUAAAUACCUCAUCAAAAGGAUGGCUUAACUCAAUCAUUUUUAUAGGUAUGAUGGCAGGAGCCUAUAUUUGGGGCUCUCUAGCUGAUGCACUUGGCCGUCGAAAAGUUCUUAUUGUCAUUAGUUUUAUGAAUGCCCUUUGUAUAUUUGCAUCUACAUUUGCACAAUCAUAUAGCGUCUUCAUGUUCUUUAGAUUCCUUAAUGGAGCUGCAUUGGGAGGAAGUGGUCCAGUUAUAUGGUCUUACUUUGCUGAGUUUCAGCCAAAGUAUAAACGGGGCACUAUGUUAAGCUCUAUGGCAGCAUUCUGGACUCUAGGAAAUUUAUUUGUUGCAACACUUGCUUGGAUUAUUAUACCUCAAGAAAUUGGUAUAAAGUCUCCAUUAUUUUUAUAUAACUCAUGGAGAAUAUUUUUAGCCAUUUGUGCUAUUCCUAGUGUUCUUGUUGCUAUCUUCUUGUUAUUUUUACCGGAAAGUCCAAAAUUUUUGUUGGCUCAAAAUAAUCAUGCCGAAGCAUUAAAAGUUUUUAAAAAAAUUUAUGCUGUAAAUACCGGCAAUGAUCCAGAAAUGUACCCAGUAAAAAGCUUGAUUACUAAGGGAAGUGCUUUAGACCAAGAAAAAUUAAAAAAGAAGUCUUUUAAAAAAAUGACUGAUGAAGUUGCCCAAAACACAAAGUUAUUGUUUAUGCCUCCUAUAUUAAAGUAUACUUGGAUAUCCAUUGUGAUUAAUCUCAGUUUCCACAUUGGAUAUUAUGGUCUAAUGAUGUGGUUUCCUGAGCUUUUUCAUAGAUUUGAUGAGUUUGCACGUGCUCAUAAUGGCAGUGAAAAUGCUUAUGUUUGUCAGGUAACUGAUUUUGUUGUAAAUAGUGGAUCUCAUUCACAUGUUGAUUUAUGUUCUGAUAAAAUUGAAAGCAGUGUAUUUCUAGAAUCAUUAAUUACUGUUGCUGCAGCAAUACCUAGUAAUAUUCUUGCAGUUUUGGGAAUGGACACUUUAGGAAGAAAAUUCUUUUUAGUUUUCAGCACAAUGGCUUCAGGAAUUUGUGCUGUUGGUAUGUCACUUAUUACAAAUAAAAAACAGAAUCUUAUAAUAUCAGCUAUUUUUAGUAGUGUUAUAAGUUGUGGUAAUGCUGCAUUAGAUUGCUUGAUUACUGAAAUAUUUCCCACAAACUUAAGAGCUACUGGUAUGGCAAUAUCAAUGGUAGCUGCUCGUCUUGGUGGUAUUAUUGGUAAUAUUGUAAUUGCUACAUUGUUGGAUCUUUACUGUCCAUUACCUACUUACAUAGUAGCAGUGCUUCUUAUAGGAGGUGGACUUUUAUGUCUGAUGUUGCCAAAUACAACAAGAGAACCACUUACGUGACCUUAAAGAAUAUUUUUUAAAAUUGAAAAAUUAAUUUAUAAUAAAGAACUUACAUUUAAUUAACAGACAGAGAAUAAAUUGUGCUAGUUUUUAUGUUUGCACUUACAGUAUAUAUAAAUUAAUUUAAAAGAAUAUAUAAAUAAAAAUAGAAUUUAAUAUUAUUGCAUCAUUUUCUGAUUCAAUGGUGCUAUAUUAUGUGUAAAAUUUAUUUGAUUUUGUAUAGUUAUUUCAUAGACCAUACUUUUUUUAAAUAUAUUUUUUACACCAAAUUUGUAAAUGCACAAUUUUUUUUAAAUUAAUUGUGACACAGGUUAUUUAGUUAUUAUUAGUUAUUUAAAUUCAUAGAUAUAAAAGAAAAGACCUUUUAUAAAAUUAUUAUUUUCAGUUUUAUCAUUUAUAAUUUUUAUAUUACAAUGAUAAAUUAUGUACAUAAUUUUAUGCUAUGAUAACAAUUAAAUAUUUUUGUGGAAUUGUUAGGACAUAUUAACCAGAUUGUUGAUAAUGCGGCAAUUAUUAUUUAUUAUAAAAGAACUAUCUUUAUCAAUUUUAUAAAUAAAAAAUUAUAAAAUAACAGUUCAUAACAAAAUGAUUGAAGUGCUUAUGCUCUUAAUGAUAGAAAUUACAUAUAAGUAUUUAUUUAUACAAACAGUAUUUACUUUAUAUAUUUUGUGCUCAAAAUUGAAAACCAUUAAAUGUAAGGAAUUCAAAAUUAUGCGCUUGAUUUAUU